GAGGGUACGUGUUGACCAAUUCGGGUACGAGUUGACUAGUGGGGGUACGAGUUGACCAAAAAUCGGGUACGAGUUGACCAAAUCGGGUACGAGUUGACUGAAGAUAAUUUGUCAUGCCACCAAAAAGAAAAUCUUCAGCUGCAAAUGCAAACACAAGCAAAAAACACAAGGUUGAAUUGCAAAUAACCCCUUCGGUAGAGAAGAGAAAGGAAGCAAAAAAUCAAAAACAGGCAAAACGUACAGCGAAAACUCCUGAUGAAUUUAAAGAAGGCAGAGAAACAGCAAAAAAACUAGAUCACACAGAAGGGAAGUUUAAGACACAGAAUGAAACACAAGUAAAAUUGGGAAAACAAUUGAAGACAAACAUUAAAACCCAAGUCAAAUUGAAGGCAGAAGUUAAAACUUCAGGAAAAGUAAAAGCUGCUGACAAAUCGUCAAAAGAAAAGCCAGAUAAAAUCCAGAUAACUGGCUUGAAGACAAACACAUGUCCUGUGCUUGGAGAUCUUUUCGUGGAUCAAGAAUGGAAAGCAGCCCUGGGCGCUGAAUUUCAACAGGAUUACUUCAAGGAAAUUGAGGCAAAUUUACAACAGGAAUACAGCAAAGGAAAGCAGAUUUUCCCCCCUAGGGAACAAAUAUUCAAUGCCUUCAACCUAACACCAUUAAGUGAAGUCAAAGUGCUUAUACUAGGGCAGGAUCCUUACCACGAUGAUAAUCAGGCCAUGGGGUUAUCAUUUUCUGUCCCUCGCGGUGAGAAAAUACCACCAUCGCUGAAGAAUAUUUACAAAGAGCUUGAACGUGACCCGAAAAUUGUAGGCUUUACCCAGCCAGAUCAUGGAUGCCUCCUGGAUUGGGCUAAGAGAGGAGUGCUUUUGCUCAAUGCUACAUUGACUGUUGAGGCUCAUCUACCCAACUCUCAUGCCAAACUGGGCUGGCAGACAUUCACUGACAAUGUGAUCAAGACAGUGAGUGACCGCUGUCUUCAUGUUGUAUUCAUCCUAUGGGGAAACUUUGCGCACAAAAAAGACAAGCUUAUCGAUGGCACCAAGCACGCCAUUAUCAAGACGGCGCAUCCUUCACCGUUAUCCUUCAAUAAGUUCAACGCUUGCAAUUGUUUCUCUGAUUGUAAUUCAGCCUUGCAGGUGUUUGGAUUGUCCCCAAUUGACUGGAGUCUUUAGUCAGUUUGUGUGCAGUUAAUGAUAUUGCACCUCUGUUUCGUACUUUGAUUGUUAGUCCAUUGUUUUUGGAAAAAUUACCAGUGUAUUAAUUUUAUGCAUAAUGCUUUAUAUAAUAUUUUACAAAUUUUCAUAGUCAUAAUGCUUUAUAUAAUAUUUUACAGAUUUUCAUUCUCUGCGUUUGAUAGAAACAAAACUCAGUUUAUCUAUGACCGCAAUCCUAGAUACAUGUUAUUAUACUUACGAUAUGGGGAUGGAGAUAUUGUUGUGUACAUUGUUCUCGUGGUUAUUCGUGCCAUACAAUGUGGUUACAAUUGAUUUUAUGUUGUUAACUUUUUACGUACAAUUGAUGUGUAUUUUAUGCAAUUACAUGUUUACAGCGUAGCUAUUGCAUUUAUGAUACCCCAUCGAGAAAAUCGGGCCAUUUUGAUUUGCACCAGUUGAUCAAUGGAUCUUUUCAGUCUUGGUCGGUUUGUCCAUUCCAUAGACAUUUUUUGUUUUUCUCGCGAUAUCUACAGAAUGCUGAUAUAUAAGAUCAUGCAAAAAUUGUAUGAUUGAUACUUAAAGGGAAAGAAUUUCAUUUUGACAAAUAUUUUGUUUUUGGAUGAUAUCUUGAGAACGAUUGGACCUAUUAGAAUACAAAUUGGUUUGAUAAUUACUAGAAGCUGAUGAAGACGAAUAUCUAUUUUAAGGUCAACAACCUUAAUUAACAUUGGAUCUGAAAAUAAAGUUACGGGCGCGUUUUACCUGAAACAAUUGUUUAAUAACUAUAUGUUUUGAGAUUUUCACCGAAAAUUACUUUGGAGAUCGUCUUUAAAACAAGAAGGCCCUUUAGCGUUGAUAUUGAGUAUGUAACAUAAGAUAGUUGUUGUUAUUAGUGUUUGUCCAUUACGUCAAGCUUGGCACGCUUAAGGUGUAACGUUUUGAAGAUAAACUUUAUUUGCAAUAUAUCUGGCAUCUUUUUCAGCUCUCUCAAGGCCUAAAGGUGUAAUAUUUGGUAUGUAACAUAUAACUGGUUUAUCAGGUUUUCCGAAGGAAAAAACUGGUUAUUAGAUUGGUGAAUGUCGGCUGGCGGGCGGGCGGAACAAGCUUGUCCGGGCCAUAACUUUGCCGUUUAUUGUGAGAUUUUAAAAUCAUUUGGCACAUUUGUUCACCAUGAUUGGACGGUGUGUCUUGCUUAAGAAUUACGUCGAUAUCUCCAUGGUCAAGGUCAAAAUUUUAGUUCAAAGGUCAAAAAUGGCCAUAAAUGAGCUUGUCCGGGUCAUAACUAUGUCGUUCAUUGUGAGAUUUUACCAUCAUUUGUUCACCAUCAUUGGACGGUGUGUCACGCGAAAGAAUUACGUCGAUAUCUCCAAGGUCAAGGUCGCCACGACAAAAAAUAGAUUGAUUUUGAAACAAGGGGGGGGGGUAACUAUGAACAAUCAGUAACAAUGCACAUUUUGAGUUGUCUCCCUUUAUCAGACUUUUUUAUGCCCCCUUUCAAAGAAAAGGGGGUAUAUAGUUUUCGCACUGUCCGUCAGUCUGUCACACUUUUUGUGUCCCUCUCUAAUUCAAAUAGUUUUCAUCCGAUCUUUACGAAACUUGGUCAGAAGUUGUAUCUAGACAAUAUUUAGGUCAAGUUCAAAUAUGGGUCAUGCCGGGUCAAAAACAAGGUCACGGGGUCGAAAAAACAAAUCCAAGGGAAGUAAAAAGCUUUAAAUGGACAUAAUUAUCUGACCUGCCAAAUUAAAUAUUUUUGUUAAAUAAAUCAAAGCAGCGCAGUAGGCGGCAUUGUGUUUCUGACAAACACAUCAUGGUAAAAGGUCAAGGUCAUCCUUCAAGGUCUAAGGUCAAAAAUACAAAUCCAAGGGAAGUAAUAAGCUUUAAAGGGAGAUAAUUAUUCAAUAUUGAACAUAGCAACUUCAUAUUUGGCAUGCAUGGGUAUCUCAUGGAGCUGCACAUUUUGAGUGGUGAAUUUACAGUAGUGGCUUUUAAUUAUUUGCUACUUAAAAUAGAGAUUUGUUAAAGACAAUUAUUUUCAAGGGAAGUAAUGUAUAUAAUUAUAAAUCUCAGAUUAUAUAUGUCCUUACCAAGAAUUUACGUUCUUUUCACAGUUUCUGUACAGACUUUUUAUUUUGAUUAUUCAUAACUCAAAUGAUUGAUUUGUCAAAGUUUUUUUUAAUGAUAUAAUUAUCAUUUCUCUCCUGUACUAAUUUGUGAAUAGUAGAGUUCAUUACAUACCUGUGGACUUAUGUCCAUAGAUACAUGAUGAACUCUGGCUAUGAUCUCUUUGAUAAACCACAGGCCUUGGUUGUCGGUGAUGUUUGACUUGGUCAUUUUUUACUGUUUACAGACCACCCCCCUCCCCGGUUGGAUUGGACAAAAUCCUAGGGAAAUAAUAAGCUUUAAAGGGAUAUGAUUUCUAUACCUGCCAAAUGAUAAAUAUAAAUUUUAUUUCAAAGCGGCGCAGUAGGGGGCAUUGUGUUUCUGACGAACACAUCUCUUGUUCAAAUUGAAAUCAAGGUCGCCACGAGUAAAAAUAGAUUGAAUUUGAAACAAUGGGGGGUAACAAUGCACAUUUUGAAUUUACUUUUUUUAAUUGAAAACCUGGUUUUGUGACAAUUUUGUCCCUUGUUUUGUACUAAAUUUGUUUAAAUUAUGUCUGUGGUUUCAUAAAUUGCCAUACACAUGUGAUGGUGUGAAAUGUAUUAUAUAGACUUACAUUUCAUGAUAUGUUCACAUUAUUUCCAUGUCGUCAAAAGCAGCCUCAAUUCAAUAGAAUCGACUAUAAUACCACUUAGCUACAGUUUCUCAGAUGAGCGUUUAAGGAUCCUCAUAUGUUCCUCUCGUUAAGAUAAACAGAAUUAUCUGAAAGGCAUACUGCAAUCGCCUUAGUAUGCAGAGACAUUAUUCCAUUGACUGCUUAAUAUUAUGCUUUCUUGAUUUUUUAUGUCCCCCACUACUAUAGUGGGGGACAUAUUGUUUUUGCCCUGUCUGUUGGUUUGGUUGUUUGCCCUAACUAUAACAUUUGCCAUAACUUUUGCAAUAUUAAACAAAGCAACUUCAUAUUUGGCAUGCAUGUGUAUCUCAUGGAGCUGCACAUGUUGAGUGGUGAAAGGUCAAGGUCAUCCUUCAAGGUCAAAGGUAAAAUAUAUGGGUCAAAAUCGCUCAUUAAAUGUACACUUUUGCAAUAUUGAAGCUAUCAACUUCAUAUUUGGCAUGCAUGUGUAUCUCAUGGAGCUGCACAUUUUGAGUGGUGAAAGGUCAAGGUCAACCUUCAAAGUCAAAGGUCAUAUAUAUGGGGACAUAGUGUUUCACAAACACAUCGCUUGUUUCUCUAGAUUCAGUCUGCUGAAGUAUCUAUCUUAAGUUUUCGAGAAAUAAACAUUUGGUUAUGUUU